AUGCAGAAGGGUGAAGUCGUUUUGUUCUUGAGAGGAUCCUUGAAGAAACACAAGAGAGAGAACGCUGCUAAAGCUAGCCAUGCUAAAGAUAUUGAGGCUGCUCCAACCAACGAAAAGGUGGAGAUGAAGGAUCACUUGGACUCCCAGAAGUACAGUACUGACCACUCUUCUUCCGACAUUUUGCCAGAAAACGGCAACAUUUUCCAUUGGAGAAAUCUCACCUACGAAGUCAAAAUCAAGUCUGAAACCAGAGUGAUUUUGAAUCAAGUUGACGGAUGGGUCAAGCCUGGUCAGUUGACUGCGUUGAUGGGAUCUUCUGGAGCUGGUAAGACCACUCUUUUGAACUGUUUGUCCGAACGUGUUACCACUGGUGUUAUUUCUGAUGGUACCAGAAUGGUGAAUGGCCACUCAUUGGACUCUUCGUUCCAGAGAUCCAUUGGUUAUGUUCAACAACAAGAUUUGCACUUGCCAACAUCCACAGUCCGUGAAGCUUUGCGAUUCUCUGCCUACUUGAGACAACCAAAUUCUGUUUCCAAAGCUGAAAAGAGCGAUUAUGUGGAGUACAUUAUCGAUUUGUUGGAUAUGACCACCUAUGCUGACGCUUUAGUUGGUGUUGCUGGUGAAGGUUUGAAUGUGGAGCAACGCAAACGUUUGACCAUCGGUGUCGAGUUGGUUGCAAAGCCUAAAUUGUUGUUGUUCUUGGAUGAACCUACCUCUGGUCUUGAUUCCCAAACUGCCUGGUCUAUUUGUCAAUUGAUGAGAAAGCUUGCUGAUCGUGGUCAAGCCAUUUUGUGUACUAUCCAUCAGCCAUCAGCUAUUUUGUUGAAGGAAUUUGACCGUUUGCUUUUCUUGCAAAAGGGUGGAAGAACAGUCUACUUUGGUGACUUGGGAGAAAACUGUUCGACUUUGAUCAACUACUUUGAAAAGUACGGUGCUGAUCCUUGUCCAAAGGAAGCAAAUCCCGCCGAAUGGAUGUUGCAAGUUGUCGGUGCUGCUCCAGGUUCGCAUGCCAAGCAAGACUACUAUGAAGUUUGGAGAAACUCCACUGAAUACAAGAAAGUCAACAGUGAAUUGGACCGCAUGGAAACUGAAUUGUCCAAGCUUCCAAGAGACGAGUCUCCUGAAGCCCGCAAGUCGUAUGCCGCUCCAAUUUGGACCCAAUAUUGGUACGUCACCUGGAGAGUCAUCAUUCAAAACUGGAGAACUCCUGGCUACAUCUACUCAAAAUUGUUUUUGGCUCUCUCGUCCGCUUUAUUCAAUGGUUUCUCGUUUUUCAAGGCUAACAAGUCGAUUCAAGGAUUACAGAAUCAAAUGUUUGCGGUGUUCAUGUACAUGAUUCCAUUCAACACCUUGGUUCAACAAAUGUUAACAUACUUUGUGAGACAGAGAGAGGUUUAUGAAGUGAGAGAAGCACCCUCUAAGACAUUUAGUUGGUUCGCAUUUAUUACAGGUCAAAUCACUUCUGAAAUUCCUUUCCAAGUUGUUGUUGGUACCAUAGCAUUCUUCUGUUGGUACUACCCAGUUGGCCUUUAUCAAAAUGCUGUUCCUACUGACACUGUGAACGAACGUGGUGCCUUGAUGUGGUUACUCUUGACAUCUUUCUUCGUUUACACCUCCACCAUGGGUCAAUUGUGUAUUUCUUUCAUCGAACUUGCUGACAAUGCCGCUAAUCUUGCGACAUUGUUGUUCACCAUGUGUUUGAAUUUCUGUGGUGUUUUGGCUACUCCCGAAGCCAUGCCUGGAUUCUGGAUAUUCAUGUACAGAUGUAACCCAUUCACUUACUUGAUCCAAGCUAUUCUUUCCACAGGAUUGGCCAACUCCGACGUGGUUUGUGCUAGGCAAGAACUUCUCCACUUUAAGCCAGCCAAUGGCCAAAGUUGUAAGGAUUACAUGGCGCCCUACAUCAAAAAGGCAGGAGGAUACUUAGUUGACGGCGGAUCGACAUCCACGUGUCAAUACUGUCCUAUGUCUUCGACCAACACUUUUUUGAAGUCUAUCAACGCUCUUUACAGCGAAAGAUGGAGAAACUUUGGAAUCUACAUUGCAUUUAUUGCAAUUAAUAUUCUUUUGACGAUUUUCUUCUACUACUUGGCUAGAGUGCCUAAGGGUAACAGAGAAAAGAAGAAGAAGAAGAACUAA